AUGGCGAAGAAUGCCAAACGAGCAUCCAAAGCAAGGGCAUUUGCGCCGUCAGACUCCUCGGCAAAGGCACCUUCGAAAUCGGAUUCCUUUGAUGUUCCUGCAGCGUUCACACAAACGCCAUCUUCUCUAAAAGGCUUCCUUGAACCCCUAUCUACCAAUCGCAUAUACCUCGUCCAUAUCGAUACUCAUCCCCCCAGUUUUAAACGACAGAUAUUUCUCGUUCCACUUUCCAUAAAUAUUGUCAUAGUUGCUUUCAUCCUAUACAGGAUAUAUACCGGCCUACAUAUGUAUCCAGACAUAUUCACUGCGAUUAUGGGCGGGGCCAGUCCGGCCAAGAUAGACACAGCGUCAGCUAGCUGGGGCUUUUUAUCCAGUACACUGGCCUGGAGAACACUCAAUUUUCUACUGGACUACAUUUUGGCAACCAUCUUCUUGCCGUGGCCUGUGCGUUUCUUCCUUGGUCCUAUCCGCUGGAGGCUAGCUGUUGGAUUCCAGUCCCAGGAAAUCAUUGUCCGCCAGAGCCGAGAAUGGAGCGAGUCACUACAGCCUGGAACCUGGAUUAGAGACGAUGAAGCUGCGAUGAAGGACAGAGUUAUACCUGCUAUUCUUCCAUUUCGCUUACAAAAGACGGGAUACCUCCUUAUGGACGCUGACUGGGAUAUCGACUGUGGUGCGAUGAUCAAUGCCCAUAAACUGGUUGAAUCGGAGAAGGCGAAGCUGGAAGACUUUCACACUGCUGUUCUUGUACAUGGCGGUCCGUCCAAGGGCUGGCUGAUAUGGAGGGUCGAGCAUGAAGCUGUUGCCGCCUCGGGAGAGACGCUACCACCCGCCGCACGAGACAGGAUCAUUGCAUUUAAGGAGAAGCUUACAGGCAUGGGCAAGGAAGACUUGUUCUACCGCUGGGUGGAAAUCAUUCAGUACGAAAGUACCCAGCCUGGAGGGUUCACUUCAGAAAGGCAAAGAAAUGCCAUGAUAGAGGUUAAGGAGCUUUUUGAGAAGGAGGGUGUAGAUUUUGACCAGUUCUGGAAAGAUAUCGGUGGCAUGGAGGGUGUUACACUGUAG